CACCUUCUGUUACACGACAGCAGGCAGUCUGACUCCGUGUUCAAGCAAAAGUAUUUGCUUUCGGUGUCCCGAACUGUAGUGCAGUUGUGCAUUUAAAGGGAGCUAUCGAGGCAGUGGCUACAUGAAGAGGUGACCCUCAGAACGAAAAAUAGCAGAUUUGCCUACACUUGCUGCCGACAAAGAAAAAAAGCAGCCCAGUCGCUUCCAGUCCCUGGCCAGUGGAUGAGAAUUUCUAGCUUUAAGCAGCCGCCUUGAUGGAUGUGAGCAGAAGAUUGAUAUCCUGGGUUCGUGGUAAUUCUCUCAUCUCUCGUACACACUUUAAACGAUCCAGCUAUUGCAUUCAAGAAUGAAUGCCGCCACACAAACACGAUGGCAGUCGUUUCGAAGGGAUUAUCGACAACGGCCGCUGAAAAAAUCUGUGCACGCAAUCGCCUUUGUAAUAUUCAUAUCACUCUACGGAUAUUCGUUUUUCCACUACCAACCAGACCGAUCCUAUCACCACGUCAAGCUCUGGAACGAAGUCAUGGACCGAAAGAACCAAGAAUUUGCUACUUUCCGAAAGGAGGAGAAGCUUCGAAAAGCGGAGAAACGAAAGCAGGACGAUAUAGCGAAAGUCUCGCUCCGUGGAGGUUAUUUGGAUCAAGAAGUCGGUAGUAUCGCUACAGACGGACUUAUUGAAUUGCAGGACGUCGGAGAAGCGGAUAUUGCGAGCAGAGAGAAUGGAUCCUUUAUUGUGUAUUUCUUUCAGGGAAUUUGGUCGUUCUUAAUGCUCGUAACGGCACUGCGACUGUACAUUCGAUUCUGUAUCAUACCUCGACUACAAAAUGCAGCGGCUGCUCGGCAACAGCAACAGCAGGAGUUCCGAGAAGAGCGAUUCCGAGUAUGGUCGCAAAAUUUGAAUCGACAACGACGAAUGAACGGCCAUCCCAUGAUUAACUUAUCGAGUCUACGACUCGUUAUGCGGGGCAGGGAAUUAACAGGAGACGACUACGCAGCUCUCCUACGAUUCAAUGAAGAAUCCGGCCCCGCAUUGGAAUCUUUACUAAAUCAUGUCGGCUUGUCUCAGCAGGAGAUCGACCGCUUGCCUCUCCGCAGAUUAUCCGAUCCAAUGGACGAAGUGCUUCGACGGCCGAUGUCCGAAGAAGAUCUGCCUCUUUGCACUAUAUGUUUGGAGCCGUACCGGCUGGAAGAUGAAGUACGCAGUAUUCCAUGUUUCCAUUACUUCCAUAAAAGUUGCAUUGAUCCCUGGCUAAGGCAAAAGGCGAGCUGUCCAAUUUGUAAGCAUUCGGCCAGCGCCUAG